GGUUGGAAGCGUGAGCUUAGAGGAAGAGCACACUUGCAGGCAUUAAAACGUCUCCCGUGCGUUUGUGUGCGAACCAGAGUCAGAAAUACAAAAAAGACUCUUUAAAUAUAUAUAUAUAUAUUUUUUUCUACGUGGUUAUGACCCGGAUUACCGCUCAAAAAGGUGCGACUCCGUGAACGUUGACUUUUCCAUUUAGCGGUUUCUCCCUUUAGCGUGGUGGGAGUCGGCUGUAAUCACUGGUAGCUCCACGAAAAGAAGAGAUGUGUCUAAACUGGCGGAAGACGAGAAACAAUAAGGCAGCGGGAAGGUUUUAAAACGUCGCGGAGAACGGAUAAGAAUCCAGCGGUAACUGUUCUUUUUUUUUUUUCCGUCUUUAUAUAUAUAUGUUUUUAAAUUAGCUCCGUCGGUUUCAUCGGGGGGGAGUUAGCUUGUUGCUAUCGAAGGUUAGGGAGCCGUGUGAGCGCGUGCAAUGAGAUAACGUGACGCUGUUUUUUUCCACAAUAUUCCGGUUUUUUUCCAAACGGUACCAGUCAACAUCCGGGUACCCGAUACUUUUUUUUCUUUCCACGAGUAGGACGGGAGACACAAAAUAGUCUCUAUGCCAGCAGAAAUGACGAUGUUGGCCGAGCAACCAGCCAGACAGCUGCUGGACUUCAGCCAGAAACUGGACAUCAACCUGUUGGACAAUGUUGUCAACUCCAUGUACCACGACAUCGGAUCCCAGCAACGAGUGGCCCAGGAGGUCCUCACCAACCUCAAGGACCACCCAGACGCCUGGACGAGGGUCGACACCAUCCUGGAGUUCUCGCAGAACAUGAAGACUAAAUAUUACGCGCUGCAGAUCCUGGAGACGGUCAUCAAAACUCGCUGGAAGAUCCUCCCCAGAAACCAGUGCGAAGGCAUCAAGAAGUACGUCGUCGGGUUGAUCAUCAAGACGUCGUCGGAUCCCACGAACAUGGAGAAGGAGGGCGUGUACAUCUCCAAACUCAACAUGAUCCUCGUACAGAUCCUGAAGCAGGAAUGGCCGAAGCACUGGCCGACCUUCAUCAGCGACAUCGUGGGCGCCAGCCGGACGAGCGAGAGCCUCUGCCAGAACAACAUGAUCAUCCUCAAGUUGCUCAGCGAGGAGGUGUUCGACUUCUCCAGCGGACAGAUGACCCAGGUGAAGGCCAAGCACCUCAAAGACAGCAUGUGCAACGAGUUCUCCCAAAUAUUCCAGCUGUGCCAGUUCGUGAUGGAAAACUCCCAGAAUGCACCGCUGGUCCACGCCACGCUGGAGACGCUGCUCCGCUUCCUGAACUGGAUCCCGCUGGGUUACAUCUUCGAGACCAAGCUCAGCAGCACGCUGGUGUACAAGUUCUUGAACGUUCCCAUGUUUCGCAACGUGACGCUGAAAUGUUUGACGGAGAUCGCCGGAGUGACCGUCAACCAGUACGAGGAGCAGUUUGUCAACCUGUUCACCCUCACCAUGAGCCAGCUCAAACAGAUGCUGCCUCUGAACACAAACAUCAGGCUGGCGUACUCCAACGGGAAAGACGACGAGCAGAACUUCAUCCAGAACCUCAGCCUGUUCCUCUGCACCUUCCUCAAGGAGCACGGCCAGCUCAUCGAGAAGAGGGCCAACCUGCGGGAGUCGCUCUUGGAGGCGCUGCACUUCAUGCUGCUGGUGUCCGAGGUGGAGGAGACGGAGAUCUUUAAGAUCUGCCUGGAGUACUGGAACCACCUGGCGGCCGAGCUCUACAGGGAGAGUCCGUUCUCCACCUCCAGCACGCCGCUGCUCUCCGACGUGCCGCCGCGCCGACACCUCUACCUGCCCGUGCUCUCCCAGGUGCGUCUGCUGAUGGUGAGCCGCAUGGCCAAACCAGAGGAGGUGCUGGUGGUGGAGAACGACCAGGGCGAGGUGGUCCGCGAGUUCAUGAAGGACACGGACGCCAUCAACCUGUACAAGAACAUGAGGGAGACUCUCGUGUACCUGACCCACCUGGACUACGCCGACACUGAACGCAUCAUGACGGAGAAGCUCCACAACCAGGUGAACGGCACCGAGUGGUCGUGGAGGAACCUGAACAUGCUCUGCUGGGCCAUCGGCUCCAUCAGCGGGGCGAUGCACGAGGAGGACGAGAAGAGGUUCCUGGUCACGGUCAUCAAGGACCUUCUUGGCUUGUGUGAGCAGAAGCGAGGGAAGGACAACAAGGCCAUCAUCGCGUCCAACAUCAUGUACAUCGUGGGCCAGUACCCUCGCUUCCUGCGGGCGCACUGGAAGUUCCUCAAGACAGUCGUCAACAAGCUGUUUGAGUUCAUGCACGAAACGCACGACGGCGUGCAGGACAUGGCGUGCGACACCUUCAUCAAGAUCGCCCAGAAGUGCCGGCGGCACUUCAUCCAGGUCCAGGUGGGCGAGGUGAUGCCCUUCAUCGACGAGAUCCUCAACAACAUCAACACCAUCAUCUGCGACCUGCAGCCGCAGCAGGUCCACACGUUCUACGAGGCCGUCGGCUACAUGAUCGCAGCGCAGACGGACCAGACGGUGCAGGAGCGUCUCAUCGAGAAGUACAUGCUGCUGCCCAACCAGGUGUGGGACAGCAUCAUCCAGCAGGCCACCAAGAACGUGGACAUCCUGAAGGACCCGGAGACGGUGCGUCAGCUGGGCAGCAUCCUGAAGACCAACGUCCGCUCCUGCAAGGCGGUCGGCCAUCCCUUCGUCGUCCAGCUGGGGCGGAUCUACCUGGACAUGCUGAACGUCUACAAGUGUCUGAGCGAGAACAUCUCCUCGGCCGUCCAGACCAACGGUGAGAUAGUGACGAAGCAGCCUCUGAUCCGCAGCAUGCGGACAGUGAAGAGAGAGACGCUGAAGCUGAUCUCCGGCUGGGUCAGCCGCUCCAACGACCCCCAGAUGGUGGGGGAGAACUUCGUGCCCCCCCUGCUGGAGGCCGUGCUCAUCGACUACCAGAGGAACGUGCCGGCCGCCCGCGAACCCGAGGUCCUCAGCGCCAUGGCGACUAUCGUCAACAAGCUGGGCGUCCACAUCACGGGGGAAAUCCCCAAGAUCUUCGACGCCGUCUUCGAGUGCACGCUGAACAUGAUCAACAAGGACUUUGAGGAGUUCCCGGAGCACAGGACUCAUUUCUUCUACCUCCUCCAAGCCGCCACGUCCCAGUGCUUCCCGGCCUUCCUGUCCAUCGCCCCGGCCCAGUUCAAACUCAUCCUGGACUCCAUCAUCUGGGCCUUCAAGCACACCAUGAGGAACGUGGCCGACACAGGUCUCCAGAUCCUCUACAUCCUCCUGCAGAACGUGUCCGGGGAGGACGCCGCCGCUCAGAGCUUCUACCAGACGUACUUCUGCGACGUCCUGCAGCACAUCUUCUCCGUGGUCACCGACACCUCGCACACCGCAGGGCUGACCAUGCACGCCACCAUCUUGGCCUACAUGUUCAACCUGGUGGAGGAGGGGAAGGUCAGCGUGGCGCUGAGCGCCUCCAGCCCGGCCAACAACCAGGCGCACGUCCAGGAGUACAUCGCCAACCUGCUGAAGACGGCCUUCCCCCACCUGCAAGAUGCCCAGGUGAAGGUGUUCGUCACGGGGCUGUUCAGCCUGAACCAGGACAUCCCGGCCUUCAAGGAGCACCUCAGGGACUUCCUGGUGCAGAUCAAGGAGUUCGCCGGCGAGGACACGACGGACCUGUUCCUGGAGGAGAGGGAGACGGCGCUGCGCCAAGCGCACGAGGAGAAGCACAAGCAGCAGCUGUCGGUGCCCGGCAUCCUCAACCCGCACGAGCUGCCAGAGGAGAUGUGCGACUGAAGCGUGUACAGGACGGCUCUGAGGGGGGCGGGGGGGAGUCGAGUGUGUGUGUGAAUGCGUGUGUGUGUGUAGAUGAUGAGGGGCUAGAGGAAAGACCCCAGCACUCGGUUGUACGUCGACCAAAUAAAUGUCAAUAUGUAAAUGAGAAUCGUCCUCUGACCUCCUCCACCUCGGUGCGGAUUCUUUUCUCUUUUUUCUUUUUUUUCUCUCUUCUUACAAACUUAUUUUAUACAGCAAUUGUUUUUUUGUGUUGUGUUUUUUUUUCUCCUGUGUAACAUGCCAUGUUUUUGUUAAACCUGUUGCUAAUUAAAAGCUUUAUGUUUGGCCAUACGGUUAUUUUACACCUGCAUGAAGUUGAUACUAAUUCCCCGGUUAUUUUUAAUCCCUCGUUUCACCGCCUCUGCUCUUUGUUAAUAUGUAAUAUAUAUAAUGUGGAAACGCGUGCGACGGUUAGUGGACUGCUCUGGUUUCUGAAGUGGCGCCGAAGGACCAAUGUGACGCUCAAGGGGACGCCGCGUACGCCCUUGCUUCCUUUGUUGUCUGGUUUUCGGUGUGUGUUUGUGUUUUUGUUUAUUCUUCCGGCUCUCUGGAGUCGGUCAGAGCGCUCUGCGUUUUGGGAUGAGAAGGAAGGCUGUGUGCAUAUCAUCCUGUUUGUAAAGCUGUCGCGGUACUCUGAGAAUAUAAAGUUGGCUAUUUUUACAAAAAAGAAAAGAACAACAAAAACAAGUC